CAGAUACAACUGGGAAGGGUGCAAAGCCAUUAACUACUGCUGCCCACUGCUGUGUUUUACUGCUGUCGACAACUGCCUCCUGCUGCCGCCUCCUGCUGCUGCCCUCCCGAGCCAUGUCGGUCGUUGGCGAUGUCACUCCGCUGGAAACCUUCGAGAUGCUCUUCCUCUUCGUCCUCUACAUCCUGGGCAGCUCGCUCAGUGUGAUUGGCUGCCUGUCCGUCAUCAUCUUCUCCGUCUACCGCGGCAUCGUCGCGGACAAAGAGGUGCGGGUGCUGCUACAGCUGAUGUUUGCCGACCUGGUGGCGUCGGCGCUGCUGCUCUACUCGGCGACCGUGCCGCUGCUGCCCGAGGAGCUCUACGUGUGGAUCUACGAGUACUGCAAGUACUCCGUAGUCGGCGCCCUCUGUUUCUACAGCUGCUCCCUUGCACUGGUGCUGGUGUACGCGCUCGAGGUUUAUGGCAGCAUGCUGACCUUCAGCGGCGUAAGUUGCAGAAGGUGGCCGGCGAUGUGCCGAGGCUUGGCUCUCUGCGGCACGUGGCCCCUGUACAUCUUCUGCUGGCUGCUGCCACCGUCCCUCUUCUCCAUCUACGUGGGCGUCGUAGAGCGGCACCAGAACCAGACCCUCAUCGCGCCCGUGUGGGAGAACGACCGUCACAGCAAUGACUCGUCGCAGUACUGCACGAGGUGUCUCCCGCUCAUCCACCAACCGGGCGAGUGCCAGGGGCCUCUGGAGACGAGCGACCUGGCGAACAGGGAGAAGUUGAUCUUCCUGGCUUACCUGUCUGUGGUCGUGAUGACGUGUGGGAUGCUGUACUACCUGGUGCGGCGGGGCUACCGCGACGUGUUCGAACCCCAGAGCAGCACCGCGGCCGCCGCUAUGGGCGCGUGUCCCACGGGACGCUACUACCGCACGGUGGUCAAGAGCACCACGCUCUUCCAGGCGUCCCUCUUCCUGUGCUGGGUGCCAGCGCUGGUGAUCUGCAUGGUUUCGUUCAACUCCGAUGUGCCCCACAAAUCUAUUAUAUACCUGCAGGUGGUGCAGGCCUGCACGCUACCGCUGCAGGGCCUGCUGAACAGCGUGCUUUACGGCUGGCAGCGGCGCAGCUUCCGCAGCGCGGGCCCGGCGCAGGGAACGACGGCACUCCUGCAACGGGAACCCGUGCGCUACCUCGCCCUGGCCAGCGCCACCUGAUCACCGCCACUCCUGAAGAAAGAUCGAGAGAGAGCCCAGGUGUAACGGGGGAGACUUGGGAACUUUGGCAGUGCUGUGUUGAGGUCGGGGCAAGCCCUCACCAAAUUUUUGGUUCUUGCAUUGCUGGGAAUGUUUUGCGGAGUUGGCCUGUUCCGUUGUGGCCAGGUGAACUGGUGUCCCUGGGGGUUUUGUCGAGCCACCGUUAGUCAUCGUCGUCCUUGUCAUCGUCAAAUGCGACCGCAAGCCUGGACUGUGGUGGACAACGACACUGGGGACUCGAACUCUGAUGUUUUGUAAGGGGACAACCUGAACGAACACUUCGGGGGGGUGGAGGGUGACGGGGGGUGGAAGUGAAUUUGACAUAUCUCGAGUCUCAAAGAUUGAGGAGAAACCUAAGUCUAAGGAACGAUGCGUCUCUGCCGCAUCGCCGAGCUGGGCAGGUCCACAACAUCGGAUGCACGCUCUCUGGACACUUGAAUAGAUGUUUUGUGACCAUUGGUACAAUCGUGAUGUGGCUUUUUUUUCGUCCAUUGUGGGUUUUGGUACAUCGACCGGUCACGACUGUAAUUCGAACAGGAAAUAAUGGGUACAUCUCGAUCGAUUUUUUUGUUAAGUGGAAAUGCUCAAAUUGCGGCAUGUCAGAUGUACGUGGACAAAGCGGAUAUUUGACAUCCAUGCUGGGAUGGUGACAAUGAACAGGAAGGGAUUUAUUUAUUUUUUCCACAUAAAGCUUUCGUGACUGCAGGAAUUCUUAUUCUUGGGACUUUCGGUAAAGUCACGGAGAUAGGUUCAAAUGAAAUGACAAAAAACUACGACGUUUCGAUCGCAACACAAGCGUUCUUCCUGAUGACGAACGUUUGUGUUGAGAUCGAAACGUUGUUUUUUUGUUUUUUUCUUUGAACCUAUCUACGCCACUUUACUGAAAGACCCAAGAAUAAGAGAAAUAUGACGUCAACAAAAACAUCACAUUUGCUUCAUCGGCCACAGUUGGAAUAAGCCAAUUAGCAGGAGUGAAUUCUACGCAGUAAUAGCAUUGGUGUUUUAAAUGGUGAUGAUGAUGGUUAAUGUUGAUGCUGCUGCUGCUGACUCUGCACCUAGUGACCAAAUAAACCCUGGAUGCACGAUCUCGUACCAUCUCGGAAGCUAAGCGGGAGUUGAGCCUCGUUACUCCGAGGAUGGGUGACUACGACCACCCACCACCACCACCGAGGCUUGCCAGGUGCUGUAGGUGUGUGUGGGGCUAUCGGGUGUGGUCAGGAGACGGCAUUGCUGAGUCUUCCCCCUCGUGUGCAGGGGCGAUUUGGUUUUUUUAACUUCUUCUGUGCUUCUUCUUGGUUCUUUCGGUAAAGUCA